AAGCUCUGUCGUCAGUUUCGGUAACAGCAAGAAGACGGUGGAGAGGACGUGGCUUGUCAACGUUUAAAGCAGCUUUAGGGCUGUGGAAAUAGCCUAUUGUUACACUUUUAAACACUGGGACUAUCAAGCCAAACGAGGGAUAUAUUAUAAUUCGCCCUCCUACACGGAAAAGAAGAGGAAUAAGAUAUUUUUGUUCGCCGUCUGUGGCCUUCCUGUACAGCCCUUUGUUUUUUUUCAGUGCUGUCCUCGAGCAGACGACCAGUAGCGCCCCCGUGCGACCCAACGGGAAAGAGGUCGAGGAUAGGGAGCCCGACGAGCGGCCGAGCUUCUAGCCUCCUGAGCGACGUGGGGCCCCAAAGGUCAUUUGUCCGAUGCGGAGUGAGGAUGAGUCCCGCUCUGGAAGCCCUCAUGCAGGCGGACGGGUCUCCAUAUCCCGGAAAAGGGGUGAUGCUUGAGCCCUUCGUGCACCAGGUGGGAGGCCAUUCCUGUGUGCUACGAUUUGGGGAACAAACAAUCUGCAAGCCCCUCAUCCCCCGGGAGCACCAGUUCUACAAGAGUCUCCCUCCAGAGAUGCGAAAGUUCACACCUCAGUUUAAAGGUGUGGUUUCAGUCAGUUUUGAAGAGGAUGAGGAAGGGAACCUGUGCCUCAUUGCCUACCCCCUCCACAGUGAGUUGGGGGACCUAGAAAACAAAGACCCUUCAGCAGACUGUGAGCCCAAGAGCAAGAUGCUUAAGUGGAGCAAGAAGAAGCAAUCCACUUUGCUUCUGGAAAAUGACAACUACAGUAAAGAGAGAACUCGACACAGUCGCAAAGAAGACAAGAUCAUAAACUACAACCGGGAUGAGACGCAGCAGCAGCAGCAGGCAGAGGUCCUCUACUUCAGCCUGGAGAAAGGCAAUGUGGUGCCACAGAUCAAACACAACCCCUGGAGCCUAAAAUGUCACCAGCAGCACCUGCAGAGGAUGAAGGAUAAUGCAAAGCACCGUAAUCAAUACAAAUUUAUCCUUUUGGAGAACCUGACAUGGCGCUACACAUUACCAUGUGUCUUGGACUUGAAAAUGGGCACUCGCCAACAUGGGGAUGAUGCAACAGAGGAGAAGAAAGCCCAUCAGAUACGCAAGUGUCAGCAGAGCACAUCCGCCUCUAUUGGAGUUCGAGUUUGUGGCAUGCAGGUUUACCAGUCAGAUUCAGGCCAGCUGAUGUUCAUGAAUAAGUACCACGGGCGUAAGCUGACCCUUGCCGGCUUUAAGGAGGCCCUGUACCAGUUUUUCCACGACGGACGCCGCCUGCGUCGAGAGCUAUUGUCGCCAGUGCUCCGCAGACUCCGGGAAAUGAAAGCUGCCCUGGAGGCCUGUGAGUCCUACCGAUUCUACUCCAGUUCCCUGCUCAUCAUCUACGACGGUGAUCCUCCCAGGACCCCCACUAGACCAAGACACCGGUGUGGGGAAGAAGGUGAUGAGGAUGAGCCCUCUGAUGAUGAAGAAGAAGAAGAGGAGGAGGAAGAAGGUGCCUAUGGUUUCCCACAUUCCAACUCAACAGGGGGCAGCGGCAGUGUGGCUGCAGGAAGUAGCAACAGCAGCAGUGGGCGCUCAUCUAACAGCACAGGAGAGUUGAGCAGCCCAACCGUGGAUGUUCGCAUGAUUGACUUUGCUCACACAACCUGUCGGCACUAUGGAGAAGACAGCGUUGUGCACGAAGGACAGGACAGUGGCUUCAUCUUUGGCCUCCAGAACCUAAUCACCAUCAUUUCUCAGCUUGAGGAUCACAGCACUGACUGAGGCUGAAACGGAACCAACCUGGUCUAAAUUUAGCAUGGGAAUAGCUCUGUGGCUGAAACCCUGCUUACCCUACGUGUUACCUACAUAGGGGUCUGAGCCUCCUCUGCUUGGAGGGAACCCCAGACACCUCGGGAUCUGAGGGGGAGAGUCUGUGUGGUGGUUACCUCUCUCUCCCUCACCUGCAAGAGGACAGGGCUGUUAGGGCCCUUACUUGCACUUUCCUCUUUUUUGGUUAUACAUGGUAGGCGAUAUUUGGGAGGUGGCGGUCUUUCUAAAAACACAGGGACUCCCGUAGUAUCAUAGUACUUACCCCCCUCCCCGUUCUGCUUUGGUACAGAGAAGUUUCAUUGUUAAGUUCUCUCUGAGAGAGAAAGAGCGAGGCAGAGAUCAUUGAAGCUCCAGUGUAGUUCUAGGAAACUGACGUGGUGCUUUACCUGUGACAUGAAAUAUGUUUUUUUUAAACUUUCUAUUUGGAUGAAGUUUGGACUUACUAUCCCCCCAAAGUACAGCACAUUAUUGAGGGGAAGUUGAUUGUACAAGCUGACCUUGGCUGGCUGGGUCGGCAGCCUUGUAGCAUUGGCAACUUAAGAUUCGGAGAAAGACAUUUUGUGUUUAUAUGAAUGUCUCUGAAGAUCUCGCAAAAAACAUGUUUUCUCAACUGGGCGUUCUGAUUUUUUAUAGUAAAACAAGAACAUUUAGGUUUAGAAGAAGGGAUUUGCCUACUCUCAACAGUCGCCCUCUCCUGUACCCUUUUGCCUAAUAACAGAAGACUUUUUUUCAAAUGGUAUAAUAUCCUUGUUUGUCACCUGUGUUUUUGUCUGACUUUUUCCUCUUUAUUCCUUAAACUUUGACUAAACAAAGAGAAUAUAUUGAUUUAAAACACUAGCUAUAAGACUUUAAAGAGACUAUUUAUUUGAAAGGAUUGUUGAAAUUAAAAAAACAAGUGGAAACAGCUACAUUCCAUAUUACCACUCUAAAUGUUCUGUUCUAAUACUGACUUUGAUUUAUUUUAUUAUUGCAGGAGCUGAUACCUCUCUUGUGUACUGUGCGUUAACAGUGUCUUGGAAAAUAAAGGCAUUCAUUUGUGGUAAAAA